GAGUACCUCAAGGCUCAGUUCUAGGGCCGCUACUCUUCAUGCUUUAUAUGUUACCCUUGGGAGAUAUCAUCAGGAAACAUGGUGUUAGCUUUCACUGUUAUGCUGAUGAUACGCAGCUCUAUAUUUCCUCGCAGCCCGGUGAAACACACCAAUUUGAAAAACUAAUGGAAUGCAUAGUCGAUAUAAAAAAUUGGAUGACGAGUAAUUUCUUACUGCUAAAUUCAGAAAAAACAGAGGUGUUAAUCAUAGGGCCUAAAAACUCUACUUGUAAUAACCUAGAACACUGUCUAAGACUUGAUGGUUGCUCUGUCAAUUCUUCGUCAUCAGUUAGGAACCUAGGUGUGCUACUUGAUCGCAAUCUUUCCUUAGAAAGCCACGUUUCUAGCAUUUGUAAAACUGCAUUUUUCCAUCUCAAAAAUAUAUCUAAAUUACGGCCUAUGCUCUCAAUGUCAAAUGCAGAAAUGUUAAUCCAUGCAUUUAUGACUUCAAGGUUAGACUAUUUUAAUGCUUUAUUGGGUGGUUGUUCUGCACGCUUGGUAAACAAACUACAGCUAGUCCAAAAUGCAGCAGCAAGAGUUCUUACUAGAACCAGGAAGUAUGACCAUAUUAGCCCGGUCCUGUCCACACUGCACUGGCUCCCUAUCAAACAUCGUAUAGAUUUUAAAAUAUUGCUUAUUACUUAUAAAGCCCUGAAUGGUUUAGCACCUCAGUAUUUGAAUGAGCUCCUUUUACAUUAUACUCCUCUACGUCCGCUACGUUCUCAAAACUCAGGCAAUUUGAUAAUACCUAGAAUAUCAAAAUCAACUGCGGGCGGCAGAUCCUUUUCCUAUUUGGCGCCUAAACUCUGGAAUAACCUACCUAACAUUGUUCGGGAGGCAGACACACUCUUGCAGUUUAAAUCUAGAUUAAAGACCCAUCUCUUUAACCUGGCAUACACAUAACAUACUAAUAUGCUUUUAAUAUCCAAAUCCGUUAAAGGAUUUUUAGGCUGCAUUAAUUAGGUAAACCGGAACCGGAAACACUUCACAUAACAUGUACCUUCUACAUCAUUAGAAGAAUGGCAUCUACGCUAAUAUUUGUCUGUUCUUCUCUUGUUCCGAGGUCACCGUGGCCACCAGAUCCAGUCUGUGUCCAGAUCAGAGGGUCACUGCAGUCGCCAGGAUCCAGUACGUAUCCAGACCAGAUGGUGGAUCAGCACCUAGAAAGGACCUCUACUGCCCUGACAGACAGCGGAGACCAGGACAACUAGAGCCCCAGAUACAGAUCCCCUGUAAAGACCUUGUCUCAGAUGACCACCAGGACAAGACCACAGGAAACAGAUGAUUCU